AUGUUGUCUCAAGCUCUGGAUAGCAGCCGUUGUAUCAACAGGCACAUCAUGAUAUUAUUCUUGUUCACGAAGUCUGACAUGUUGACAGUUAUCAUUCCUAUGACUUUAUCUACCUUCGCAGCUGCUCCCUAUCCCAAUGUAAAUCGCCUUCUGGGCCUCAUUAUAUGGAUGUGGCUGCACCUCCUGAAACAUAAUAUAUAUAACCAGAUGCUGGACCCAGAGGAGGACCGGAGAAACAAGCCUCAUCGACCUAUUGCCGCCGGUCGUAUAACUGUCCAAAAUGCAGCAUAUGUGUGCUGGCUGUUACUGCCGGUCUGCUUGAUACUCUCUGCGACAUAUGGCACCAAGGCUCUCGCUUGUAGUGCUUGUCUAGAAGCCCUCAGCAUCUGGUACAAUGACUUUGGUGGCGAUAAGACUUGGCUUUCGAAAAACCUAUUGACAGCUAUCGCAUAUACAAUUUUUGAAUUGGGCACAACCACUGUGCUUGGGUCCAGCGUCAAUAAUAUUUAUGCAUGUGCAGCCGCCUUCAACUUUGCGGUGUUUGCAACGACACUUCAUGCACAAGAUUUUAAAGAUGAGGAGGGAGAUCAAUUGACGGGAAGAUGCACUCUUGUCACUCUGUUCCCUACCUUUGCACGCGUGUCCAUGAUGAUUAGCAUCCCCCUUUGGUCACUCUGCCUAAGCAGAAUUUGGAAGGUGGAUCUUGUCUGUUCUGUCGCAUUCAUAGCAUACGGCAUGAUUGUCGAGGCGAGAUUCAUGGUUUAUAGGACCGCAAGUGCUCACAAACAAUCGUGCAAACUGUAUAGCAUCAGUGAUUUCAUCUCGGGAAAUUACAUCUACUGA